GCUCGAGCGAAUUCGGCUUGUGACCCGAACCAUUUUCGUUACUGUUCUCGGAAAGUGUAAACGCUUUAUCCGUUUCCGUUAGUUUGUGUUUUCUGUUUUCUUGUCUACCACGUGAUUAACCAUACAUAUCUAACAAUAAGUGAUAUAUAAUAACGUGCUUUCAUAUCAUUCGGUAUAAUAUAGAAAAUCGGUGUCUAAAGAAGCAUAAGUAUGGCUGUAACAAGCAAUGCUAUGUAUAACGCAAGAACCGUCGCUCCAUCGUUCAUGUCGUCAAACGUAUAUUACGGUUGCGUACCGCAUUGUAAAAAAGAAAAUCAGCAUAAUGUUAUGUCCGAGCAUAUCGGAAUUACAAAACCAUCAUCAUUCCAUUACUGCUCGUAUGAUACGAUUAUGGAAACUGAUGAGGACGGAAGUGAUUAUUCUAUGGCAUCAGGCUAUUUGAAUAACGAUUCCGUAAUUCUAGAAGCGACAGUACAGAAUCGGCUAAGAACUAACGAUGAACUAUCACUUGAACAACGGGUAGCUUAUGAUGCGGAUAUUCUACAACGGAAGAAUCGGAAACGACGCAACGGCGAUCUCAGCCCUACAAGUCAACUGAAAAAGUUUCGGAGAGGCGGUGGUAAGGACAAUGUACACGGUGAUACAGGAAGUACAAAGGACUAUGGAUCAAGUACUGCAUCUUACGAAUCAGACGUAUUACAUGUAAAUACUGUUAAUAAUAUAGAAGAAUCUAUGAUUACAAAAGAAAGCUGCUGCUGGACAGCAGGUAAUCACGAUAUUUUAAAUAAUUCAAAUUAUAUACAAUUAUUCGAUAGUGGGCAUAAAUUAAUUGAAAACACUGUUGAAUAUGAAAAGAUUUUAUUUGAAACACAUGGAUGUUCUGUAUACCAGUUUCAUCGAUUGCAAUUGGUUGAUAACAAUUGUAUUGAAACAGAAUUUUAAAUAGAGUAAUUAAACAAUAACAUUUUUAAUGUUUA